AUGAAUAAAACCUUAAUCUUCGGUUUACGGAACUAUGUCGCAUCAAAUCAUUCUAUUUUUGCAAAUUUUUGUACUCAUCGAACUGCAUCAACGCUUAUCUGUGGAAAUGAUGCGAAAUUUCCUUCUGUUCGUUGCAACCAGAUACAUUACUCUCUAUUCUCAAAAGAUUCACGGCCUCUGAACUUUCCUAAAAAUUUUGCACAGUUUUCUACUGAAUCAAAAAACAAUGUCCCAUCAAAUGUGAACGAAAAAAAUGGGAAUGACUUGGACGAAAGGAAAUCUAGUCUCAUCAAAAGAUUCAAGGAUGCCUAUGCAAUUUACGGGAAAGUUGUCUUGAUAACCCAUGGUGUGACGUCAUGUUUAUGGUUUGGAAUGUUUUAUUCACUGGCUUGCACUGGGAUCAAUUUGCUGGAUAUUCUUCACAGUCUAAACGCACCUGGAUGGCUAAGUAAACCCCUCCAUUUAGGUGGGGGUACUGUGAACACUCUGGCUACAGCCAUUGUAUUCUAUAAACUGGCAGUACCAUUACGCUACGGUUUGACACUCAUAUUAACCAGGUAUCUAGUACGUUACCUUCGGUUGAAAGGAAAAGCACCACAAGUACAAGAAAAUGAUCGUCUACGAAACCUAGCUAAAGAAGGAGCAGAAAUUUCACGUGAACGAAUCAAAGCGCGCAUGGCUAGAAGCAGAAGAAAUGUACUCAUGAGGAGGAAUCAACGAUGA